AUGGUCUAUCGGCUGCUCCGCCGGCCAUGGCCGCGCCGGAAGAUCUACUACAGCACGAUGAUACCGGAACUGGCCUGCACGGUCGGCCUGCUGGUGCUCUUCGGCCUCGCCCAGCCAAACACCUACCGCACGCAGAUGUGGCAGAUUGGCUUCAACAACGGCUUCAACUCAAACCCCAACAUGAUUCUUUACGCCUAUGCGAACCAUGCGCCCCUUCCGAAAAUCCCAUUUGUCUGGUCUCAAGCUCUCACGGACUUCAAUGUCGCCAUCGCCGUCCUGUCUCUUUUCGUCCUCAUCGCCAAGAUGAUUGCCCUCAUCAUGCACGUCUUCUUCCCCAUUUUCGGCCUCCUCAUGUCCAUCGCCAUGGUCGCCCUGUACGCGACCAGCGUCUAUGGACAGGCCGGCCCCGACUAUGCCGAUGCCCGCUAUCCGAGCCCCGUGGCCUGGUACAUUGCCAAGAGCUGCAGCUACGCUGCUGCAAACAACGUAGUCACCGACUGCAUGAUGGCCAAGAGCUCCUUCGCCAUCACGGUUCUUAUGCUCGCUGUGUACCUCGCCAACUUGGGCUUCGCCAUUUGGGCGAUGGUGCCGAACAAGGCCCUGGACAUUGAAGACGAGGAUUCCGAAUCGGACGACGACACACCCAGUUCCCGCAAGCAAUGGGAGAUGCAGCCACAGGCGAUUCGGUCGCCCGGACUGCGGUCCGCCGGGCUGCGGUCGCCCGGGUUGCGGUCGCCCGGGUUUGGAGGAGCGGGAGGAGGAGGAGGAGGAGGGGUGUUUUCUGGCGGAGGCCAGAUGGCGUCGCCCUUCACCCCACGCACGCAAGCCUUCAACUCGUUUGACAGGAACGCCUCGCCGUUUACGCCUCGCACACAGGCCUUCCACACGUUGGACCGGAAACUGCCGUUGCGGGCGUAG